UGUGAGGUGUGGCGCGAACGCCGGUCACGUGCCACCACUGCGGAAGGAGCCGGAGGGGCGGGUUAGUAGGGGGCGGGGAGACCGGGUCACGAGUGGCCGGAAGUUGCGCCUCUGCGGAUAAUCUGAGAUGGGGACCACUCUGGACAUCAAGAUUAAAAGAGCGAAUAAAGUGUAUCACGCCGGGGAAAUGCUCUCUGGUGUGGUGGUCAUCUCUAGCAAGGACCCAGUCCAGCACCAGGGAGUCUCUUUGACAAUGGAAGGGACUGUAAACCUCCAGCUCAGUGCCAAAAGUGUGGGUGUGUUCGAAGCCUUUUACAACUCUGUGAAGCCGAUCCAGAUUAUCAACAGCACCAUAGACGUGCUGAAGCCAGGCAAGAUUCCCAGCGGCAGGACUGAGGUUCCCUUUGAGUUCCCGCUGCUUGUGAAGGGCAGCAAGGUCCUGUACGAGACCUACCACGGCGUGUUUGUCAACAUUCAGUACACACUGCGCUGUGACAUGCGGCGGUCCCUGUUGGCCAAAGACCUGACCAAGACCUGUGAAUUCAUCGUUCACUCUGCUCCUCAGAAGGGGAAGUUGACCCCAAGUCCCGUUGACUUCACGAUCACCCCAGAAACCUUGCAGAACGUCAAAGAGAGAGCUUCACUUCCCAAAUUCUUCAUUAGAGGACAUCUGAACUCCACAAACUGUGCUAUCACGCAGCCCCUGACAGGAGAGCUGGUGGUGGAACACUCGGAUGCUGCUAUCCGGAGCAUAGAGCUUCAGUUGGUCCGGGUGGAGACCUGUGGGUGUGCAGAAGGCUAUGCACGAGAUGCCACAGAGAUUCAGAAUAUUCAAAUUGCUGAUGGAGACAUUUGUAGGAACCUUUCUGUUCCCCUAUACAUGGUAUUCCCCAGACUGUUCACCUGUCCAACACUGGAGACCACCAACUUCAAAGUGGAGUUUGAGGUUAAUGUGGUGGUCCUUCUUCACGCUGACCACCUCAUCACUGAGAACUUCCCGCUGAAGCUCUGUCGGACAUAGGCUGGCUGCAGGAAGAGGACGGCCAGAAUGGCCAUGUGGACAUUGACCCAGUUAUCUGCUCCCACGGGACGUCACGCAGGCCACCUGCCUACAGGCAUCACAUCAGCAGCAUACGUCUUCAUGAUAGCUUCUCAUGGCCUCAGAGCUUGUUUCCUGCAGGUGCCUUGCCUCAGCCCUUACGUCUGGAAUGCAACAGGAUUUCCUCAUGUGUGUUGCAAGAUCACAGAAACAUUCCUGAUAGCUCCAGAUGUGCCUGUUUCUUCUUAAGUUCAUUAAGCAGCAUGUCUGCACUUUAAGAUUUGCUGCCUAGCGAGACCAUGGAGGUAGAAGGGAACCCCUUUCCAUCUUUCCCAGACUCCUCACAGCAAAGAGUCAGCAGCCAGCAAGCUCUUUGAUUGAGUCUGUGAUACCCUCCAAGGAGAGCCAGUGACUUCAUCUGGAAAUAUGGAACUUUUCCCUUCUUGACAUCUUGAUAAUGUUUCACUAGAACUUUUAAAUUUUUUAGGUCACUGGAAAUAAAAACCGACAAAUAGUCCUUGUUCUCACAGAGUAAGAAUGGUGAACAGUGGCUGUUGCUGGAGUGCUUUGAGUGUGUGGUCCUGGCGCACGUAGUUAAUGCUGCCAUAUUCCCAGGAUGUAUUGAAAGGCGUGCUUGCAUAAGGGGAGGAAUGCAUAUUGGCUGCUGAUUCGUAGGUGUGUUCUGAGUGCCAGGACAGCACACUGAGGAAGGAUGAUAGUCUCCGCCUGUCCCUGACUCCCUGGGGCUCCGCCCGCUUCCCGCUAGCCUACUGUAACUCAUACUGUAUGGAGAGUGUGUUGCAGGCCUUUCUGUCCUCCAGUCUCACUGUUGUUCUGCUGGUCCAGAGGUAAUGGGCACACUGCACACCAGCUGGCCCCCUUCACAGGUUCCUGGGGGCAGGCCUAGGCAAAGCAGGCCCCGACCGGCAGCCUCCUGGCCAUGCUCCCACUGUUCUUAACAGCUGAGGGGAACUGGGGCCUCACCAGGGAAACUGAGAAGACUUAGCUGAGUCAUCUGACAGUGGGUUCCCAGAGAAUGUAUUUAUAUUUAAACACUCUAGUACCCAAAAAUGUGGGCUAUAAUUUCUAAUGAGUCUGUAAGGAAAAGUCAACUUUGAUUACAUAUUUUUUUUAAUGAAUAAAGAAAGCUAAACAAUUUUUUUAAAUGGUU